AUGAGUGAUCACCUGAACGCUCAUACAGGAGAGCGACCGUAUAAAUGCUACCAGUGUCUUGAAAGCUUCUCACAGAAGUCCGCGUUGACCAUACACCUGCGCCCCCACAUAGGCGGCCGGCGAUGUCGGUGCCCUUCGUGCAUCUGGACGUUUACGUCGAACUUAAACCUCACACGACACAGGCCUUCGGGGUCUUUCAUUCCUCCUGCCACCAUGGAUCUGGACAAGUCACAUCGGGAAUGCUGUCACCACUGUAAAGUGUGCAACUACAAGACUAACAAGUUGUCUAACCUGAUACGACACAUGAGGGUUCAUGCAGCUAUCUUGUUACCUUUUCUGUGUGCACACCCAGGGUCUAUCACCCAGGCAGAGGCCACGGUUGCUGUGAAGCCUCCUCGAGAAAGCCGCCAUCGUUGCCCCUACUGCAGCUACGAGACUCCGACUCAUAUGGAGCGGCACAUCAGGGUUCAUACGGGCGAGCGGCCCUUCAAAUGUCACCUGUGCGAGCGAAGCUUUGCAUUACAGACCACAUUGAAUGAUCAUGUGCGCACCCACACAGGAGAGCGCCCUUAUGCAUGUCACCUGUGCCCAUUCAGGUCUGCACAUAGGUACACCCUGAAGAAUCAUGUGCGUACCCACACAGGCGAACGGCCAUAUCAGUGCUCUAUAUGUUUGCAGACGUUUACACGCGGUGAUAGCCUUAGAAUACACAUGUAUCAGCAUUAACGCCAAUGACAAUUUGAGUGUACGGCUUUGCAAUUUUUCUUUACAUAUCUGACUUUUUUUUAUUAAAAUGAUGAAAUAGGAGAGGUUGGUGCCAUUAUGGUGGCACCGGCUACUCCUUUUCUCUUAGUAGGCAAGAUAUGCCGUAUGAUCAACAAUAUGGGCAUGGAAUGCGAGACUGUACAACAUACAAUGUGAUAGUACACAAUAGCCGAACUUCACAGGUCAGUUCACAUUCAACUAAGAGAUUUAUAUGUUCCACACACCAGGUCAGUUCACCUCACAUGACAGGUCAUAUUUGCCUGGUAGUAUGUACACAAUUUCCUCAUACAAGGUCAGUUCACACGGAGACAGGUGAUUUCACAUAUGAAGCACACUGUCUAAAUAUUACAUAUUUUUUUGUGCAUGAAGACGAAAUCAUUUACGGUAGGUCAAUAUUUUCAUAAAAUAUUUGAUUCUUUAAGAAACUUCUUGAA